GCAAAAUGUUCUGAGUCAAUAAAUCUAACAUGGGAACAUACAGUCCACCAUCAUAUUUAUUUCAAAUGGUGCAAUGUCAAGAAAUGGGAGGCAACUCGUUUUAGGACAAAACAGUUGUUUGUAUCAUUCCAUACUGUGUGAAGUUACGGCCGAUCAUAGCAGACAUGAUCAAAUAUGAGCUCCGUUCACUGUAUUUGCUGAGCGUGCUGGGAUCUUGGUUCGAGUCCACAUUAUGAGGCUGCGAAUGCUUCCAACGUACUCGUGGCACAUGUCUGCAGGAAAAAGCAGCGAAAGGGUCAGCUCGUCUCUCUAAAACUUUGACUGGUGAACGUACGUGCGUUGAAAGGUGGGGAAGGACUUUUCGACUGUCUAGGACGCUUUUCACAGCUGGCCUCGGUCCCGUAGCAGACAGACAGUGGCAUGGAUCAUGUGCUGAAAGUUGCAGACCGUUACGUCUUCACUCCACAUGUUUACCCAGCGUCGUGGCCCGAGGGCGGGGCUCUGCGUCAACUCAUCAGCCUGAGCCUGCUGACCAACCUGGGAGCACAAAUGGUUUACUUAGUCUUUGGCACACUGAGUUUCUACUUCGUCUUUGACCACAGGCUCAUGGAACAUCCACAUUUCAUUGAGAACCAGGUAAGGAAAGAGAUCCAACUUGCAACGACCUCCCUCAUCUGGAUGAGUUUCCCGACAGCGGUGCUUUUCUUCUUGGAGAUUAGGGGACACAGCAAACUCUUUGAUGAUGUCAGCCAAUCUUCUCAGGGCUGGCCUGGGGUGUUCCUGAACAUCGUUGGAUUCUUGUUCUUUACGGACAUGUGCAUCUACUGGAUACACCGCUCCAUGCAUCAUAGGAGUAUCUAUAAGUACUUACAUAAGCAGCAUCAUUUCUUCAAGAUCCCCACACCGUUUGCAAGCCACGCCUUCCACCCACUCGACGGCUUCCUGCAGAGCUUACCCUACCACGUCUACCCUUUCGUCUUCCCGCUCCACAAGGUUGUUUACCUGUCCCUCUUCAUCUUCGUCAAUAUCUGGACCAUCUCCAUCCACGACGGCGACUACCGCAUCCCCGGCCCCUUGAUAAGCAUUAUAAAUGGCGCCGCCCACCACGUGGAUCAUCACCUCUUCUUCAACUACAACUAUGGACAAUGCUUUACUUUCUGGGAUCGUCUGGGAGGCUCCUACAAACACCCUUCAGGCCUCCAAGGGAACGGACCACAUGUCCACAUCCGCAAGCUUGCGGCAGACACUCUUAGGCAGUGACAAUUGUGUAGUGGUCAGCAUACUACUUUGAGGCAGUGACAAUUGAGCAGUCGUUAGAAUAUUACUUACAAAGUAUUCGAGAGACAAGUUUGGGAAGUUGCAAGAGAGAAUGUUUUUGUGUGUGUUGCAUGCAUGCUCAUAGAACAAUAUAAUUGUUAUAUCUGCAUGACCCUGCACAGGAUGGAUAAGGAACUGAUACAUUGCAGUUUCAGUGCUUGAACUAACUUGUAAGGCCUGCUUUCAUUCCCUUUUUGUUCUCCGUGUCCAAUGAAACCACCAGGGUCGUGUGUGUCUUCGGUUUUAAUUAUGUUAAAGACACUACCAACUAUUAACAUAAAAGGGUGACAUUCAAACGCGAACCUGCCUCUUCUUAAACUGCGUGGAGAGAUUUAGUGCAGAUUUGAAGACGUCAAUUAAAGCACAAUGUGACAACA